UGCGAGACCUUUGAAACCAGCAGGAAGCAAAAGGCGAGGAAAAGGAGCGUCUCGGCAGCCACGUAUUAUCACAUUCAUUUUCCUCCCCGACACGCAUGGAUAGCUUCUGCAGACUGUACCUAUGGCAAGCCCAGUAUGAGAUCAAACCGGCUCAAUCUGCUGUCAUUCCCUUAUCAUUUAGCGGGCUCGCUUGUGGCAGCAGUGCAGACAAGGCUCUGCGCAUUUUCGCGUGUGACAGACUCGCGUGCUUAUGCCUGGAAAGUUUAUCCUGCGUUUAUUAAAUUCUCUGUUUCCUUGGUAACGCGACCCAGGUGAAGAGACUCUCGUUCCAAAUGGUGUCGGUUUUCCUGCAAGCCCUCCAUUGCUCACGGUCUGUUUGGAUAUGAACCUGACAGAAGAGCAGCCGUUAAACCACAAGACCGGCCACACAUGGGAGAGUCGGUUUUCUCUCUAACUUUGCCAAACUGCUUUAACGUCAUUUGUUGCCGUGAGGCGCAUCGCGUAAUUUGGAUUUUAAUAUUUUCGGCGUACAUUUCGAAAUAUUCCUUGGGUUUGGUCGUUGUGGGUUCAGAUUUUUACUCUCGCGUAUUUUAUUUCGUUCUCAUCGUUCGUUUAUUUGAAAUGAACGUAGAGGGAGAGGCGGGUCCGGUUUGCAGGGGUACAGAGGGCGAGCCACGGGGAGGCGCUACAGCAAUUCAUACCAGCGUGGACCACCAACCAAGCGAUUUGGAAGGACAUCAUCACAGCGGCAGGACACAAGGGGACGAAGGAAAUGCAGAAAGAGAGUCUCUGGAUGUAAACCCAAGAGAAGGGCACAGCGGAUACAAUGCAGACACAAGUUGUGAAACGUACUGUUCGUCCAGUGCUGAGAAGCUUGGAGAGAGUUCGGGGAAAACGGAAACGUUACACUCCGACUGCAGUAGCGAUAACUGCAGCCCCACUCCGAGCUGUCGGAUUUGUUUCCAGGGAGCCGAACAGGGGGACCUGCUGAACCCCUGCAGGUGCGACGGCUCAGUGCGCUACACCCACCAGCAGUGCCUGCUGAAAUGGAUCAGUGAGAGGGGCUCCUGGACCUGUGAGCUUUGCUGCUACCGCUUCCAUGUCAUUGCCAUCAAGAUGAAGAGGCCAUGGAAGUGGCAGGCUAUCACUAUCACGUUAGUGGAGAAGGUGCAGAUCAUCGCUGUGUUCCUGGGCUCCCUCUUCCUGGUGGCCAGUGUCACCUGGCUGCUGUGGUCCGCCUUCAGUCCCAAUGCCGUGUGGCAGCGCAGGGACACCCUCUUUCAGAUCUGCUACGGCAUGUAUGGCUUCAUGGACCUGGUGUGCAUCGGUUUGAUUGGCCAUGAGGGAGCGGCAGUGCACAAUGUCUUCAAGCGCUGGCGGGCGGUCAACCUGCACUGGGAUGUGCAGAACUACGACAAGGCGGCCGACGUGGAGGAGAGCAGCAGCGGCGGGGAAUCGGCGGCUGGCCGGACGCUCUGGCUGCCCCUGGCCACCCUGAGGCCCGGCACCACCCUGAGCCCCACCCAGCUGGGUGCACCGUCCUCCUGCUGCCAGAGAGGCUGCGCCCUCCUGUGCCUCUGCGCCCAGCUGGCCACCCGCCAGGACCCCGGCGAGCGCAGCAGGUCGGGUGAGGUGGUCAUCCGGGUCACCUCUGUGUAGGCCACGCCCACUGUGAAAGGACUCCCAUCAGCCCCCACUGUGAGACUGGUAGUGCAGGCCCGGGAAGCACGGCCAAGGCCCUGCGCCAUCUCUGGUGCCACUGUAACGUGGUGGUUAUGUAGCAUUUCGGAUGGCAUCUCUGGACAGGACAGCGUAUGAAGGGGAUCCGUAGGAAUAUGAUUUUCUACUGAAGUACGAUGCUCUUUUUGUAUUGCCGCUGAAUGUAAGUCUCUUUUUGACAACAAAAUAUAAUGAAUGUCAUUAGUAUAAGGACAACAGAGGUACAGCGUGUUUCUGGCAGUGAUCUGUAAGCCCCUCUAUAUUUCCCUCAACACCAGAGAAUAAGGAACUAUAACACACUGACUCCAAUACAUUAGGAGGAAAGAGCUAGACGUUAUUCCAGCAAGGUACAGAAGUCUUGUUUUGGACCUACACAGACCAUGAAUUAAACUGGAACUCAAUUCGUCAAUUCAAUCUACUUCUCUUCCUUUAGCCAUUGAGUCACAUUAAAAAGUCAGAAAUACAUAUGACUGAAGUAGUUUUUGUUUAAAUGUACAUUAAAAAGGUUUUAAGACUAUUACUGGGGGUGUGGUAGAGUUAGUAAGCAACUUGGGACAAAUCCAAUCUACCUGCUUCAUUUUGUUCUUGAUUUUUCGUAGAAUUUAAGUGAGAAUGAGCAUUUCUUAUGUGUUUAGUGGUCUUUAGUGGUCACAGACAUGAAUGAGAAAUGUUUAAAAUGAAAGUGUAAUUCUUCCACAAGCUAUUUACCUUAGUGGUAAACUUAAUUAUCCCUAAUUAUCACAUGAACAAUAUUCUACAUUCCUCCACCUGUAUAUAUUACAGAAUCAGUGCCCUUCUAAUUAAAACUACACACUUCGUAAAACAGCUCAGUACCAUUAUGGUAUACACACUAUAUAGUUUUUUCUGAUGUUGUUGCCUUCUGAGUCAGUACUGAUAUUGUUAGAAAAUAUCUAAUCUUGCUAUUUGUUCACUAAACAUGACUAAAAAACAGGCAUUAAGUAAACAGGUCAUAUGAUUUCUGUGUUGAUCAAUAUAACACUUUGGUUGAAAAACGGAGGCACUAUUUAAAGUAGCCAUUUUAAAACUUGGCAUUCAUUUUAAUCAAUACAUAUAAAAUACAAAAUAACAGUAAUACAAUUUAAUAAUUUCUCAUCUUUACACUGGAAAUAUGAUUAGCACAUACUCACAACCUGUUUCCUAAUUUAAAAAGUCAUACAUAAUAGGUAAGCAAGCAACACAGUUGUGUAUGUAGUAACCUUUUGGACAACGUGCAUAUAAAACAGUCACUCCUCUGAUUUUACUUAUUUUUCAUUGAGAUCAUGUUUUUCAUCAUUCACGCAUGAAAAUUCCUUCUGACACCCUUUGUAGCAAUAUGAUUUUUUCAUUGAAAAAAUAAUUAAAAACCAUUCCAUCACCUUUCAUUGACAAAAGCGUUGCAGACACAUGCACUGGAAAACACUAAUUACAAUUUUGUAUUUCACUGCUGAAAAUGUAUAAUGUGUCCUUGCAUGUACAAGUAGCAAUGGCACUGCAGUGUUAAUUUAGAUUAAAUGAUUCAUCUGGAACUACAAACAGAACGCGGUAAGGUUUAGGCACUUGCAUUUCCAGAUAAAGGUUUCUUAAUUUCAGUAAUUAAGUAAGGCUGAAAUGGGCCCGAUACACUCUCACUUGAGAUAAAGGAAUAGGAAAUGGGCUUUUCUGAGUCAACACUCUUCAAAUGUACAUAAUUUGAUGGCAUCUUCUGCAGUAUUCUGAAUAUAUGUUGAAACCUGAGGACUUCCAAGCAUGGCAACAGCUUGACAUGUGUGCACAUGAAACCAUUUUCCAUUUCUUUGUCCAAGAAUGGCAACUGAACGAAAGCCGAUCUCAGCUAUAUGAACUGUAAACUGUACAGAAAACAGCCCUUGAGAGGAUUCUGUUUUCUGUACAUUCAUUGUAAAAAAUAAAGACUAAAAAACA